UGGCCUGAUAAAAAGAGUGCGUUGAUUUUAGUUGGACCUGGCACAGGCGUCGCCCCAUUUCGGUCGAUACUUGCUUUCCGAAAAAAGGAAUUACAUGGAGAAAAGGAAAAUUCCAUGUUGUUUUUUGGAUGUCGUAGCGAAGAGAAGGAUUUCUACUUUAGAAGAGAGUGGCAUGUGCUGAGCGAUGCCCGUGUUAUCACAGCGUUUAGCAGAGACCAAGAAAACAAGAUUUAUGUACAACACCGGAUUGAAGAAUAUGGCGAUGAAGUGUGGCAUUUGUUGAAUAACGUCAACGGCCAUAUCUUCAUAGCGGGCAGAGCCGGUGAUAUGCCGCGUGAAGUGACAGAAUGUGUACAGAAAAUCGCAACUGAAAAAGGGAGUGAAGACUGCAAGAAAUUCAUGCAGAUGUUGGAAGCAGGCGGUAGGAUACAAUUCGAAACGUGGAACUGA